UUGUUGUUAUAAGAUCAAUUUCAUCUUUUUGUUUUUCUUUUUUCAUCUCAGCUAUCAAGCUUGGAAAAGGAGAAAAGGAGAAAACUACAAUCUCAGAAAUAAUGGAGCAACAACAGAAAAUAAAAAGGCUGAGAUUGGUACUCUUCCCUCUACCAUUACAAGGUCAUAUAAACCCAAUGCUUGAGCUGGCCACUAUUUUGUACUCCAAAGGAUUUUCCAUCACUCUCAUCCACAUCAACUUCAACUCUCCCAACCCUUCUAAUCAUCCUAACUUCACCUUCCACUCUAUCCCCCAUAGCUUAUCAGAGGCCGAAGCCACCACCAAAGAUGCUAUUUCUCUUAUUACCCAUCUCAACAUCAAUUGUGUUGAACCCUUUAAGGAGUGUUUGGCUAGGUUGAUUUCCAAUGCUUUGGAUGAUGAGCCCGUUGGUUGCUUGAUCGCAGAUGCCAUGUUCCACUUCACUCAAGCUGUGGCCGAUAGCCUUAAGCUGCCGAGGCUUGUUAUAAGAACCACGAGUGCCACAUCUUUUGGUAUUUUUCCUGCUUUUCCACUUUUGCUUCAAAAGGGUUAUCUCCCUCUACAAGUUUCCAGACUAGAAGAGCCAGUGGUAGAAUUUCCACCUUUAAAAGUUAAGGACUUACCAGUGAUGAAUAUGCGAAAUCCAGAAAAAUUCUAUGAACUAAUAAGUCGAGCGGUGAGUGAAACUAAGGCCUCUUCCGGGGUCAUUUGGAACACAUUUGAAGAACUUGAACAACCGGCACUAGACUCAAUAGCCAAACAACUCUCGAUUCCAAUGUUCCCGAUUGGCCCAUUUCACAAAUACAACUUAGCCUAUUCUUCAAGUAGCUUGUUAGUCGAAGACCAAAGCUCCAUCUCAUGGCUCAACACUCAGCCACCGAAUUCAGUCAUCUAUGUUAGCUUUGGGAGUCUUGCAGUAUUGAGUGAGGCUGAGUUUUUGGAGAUAGCUUGGGGUCUAGCCAAUAGUGACCAACCCUUCUUAUGGGUGGUUAGACCCGGGUCGGUCCAUGGCUCGGAGUGGCUCGAACCAUUACCAAAUGGGUUUUUAGAGAACUUGGGGGGACGUGGACACGUAGUGAAAUGGGCUCCACAACAACAAGUGCUGGGCCACUUAGCUAUAGGAGCAUUUUGGACUCAUAGUGGGUGGAAUUCAACGAUGGAGAGUAUUUGUGAAGGAGUUCCGAUGAUCUGUAGGCCAAGUUUCAUUGAUCAAAAUGUGAAUGCUAAAUAUGUGAGCAAUGUAUGGAAAGUGGGAGUUCAGUUGGAGAAUGAGAUUUUGGAAAGAGGAGAGAUAAAGAGAAUGAUUACAAAGUUGAUGAGGGAGAAAGAAGGAGAGGAGAUAAGAUAUAGAGUAUCAAAGUUGAAGGACAUGGCAAUAAGCUGCUUGAAACAAGGUGGUUCUUCAUACAAAUAUUUAGAGAGCUUGGUUAACCACAUUCAUUCAUUAGGUCAUUAAUUUAUGUUAUGUUUACUACACAUUAUUCAUAAUCGGAAUAAAUUGAUGAAAAAAUAUCACAGAAUAAA